AUGAUUGAAAGUCUCCUCGAGGGCAUGACGCCUGGGAAGGCCACUUUGUGGUUCCUGGGACUAUUCACUUUCUUUUGUGUUUUCCGCAAAAUUCAAGCCUCCGCCCAGAUCGCGCGUCUUGGUGCUAGAGCUCCCAAGAUACCAUUCAGACUACCCUACGCUCUCGAUUUCGUUUACGAUGGCCACAAAGCUAAUCUGGCGAACGACGACAUUGCAUUUUGGAAAAGUAGAAUCGCCACCGCUGGAGGCUUGUCGAACGCCAAGACAGCCGAGCUGGAUGCUGGGAUUUCUACUCGUUUGGUCUUGACUAUAGACCCAGAGAAUACGAAGGCCCUGCUGACGGGGCAGUUUGCGGAUUUUGGAAAAGGGGAGCCAUUCCACCGUGAUUGGAAAGAGUUCUUGGGCGACAGCAUCUUUGCUACGGACGGAGAAUUAUGGUCGCGCUCUCGUCAGCUCAUCCGUCCGAUGUUUGCCCGGGAUCGAAUUGUCGACACCGAAAUUUUCGAGAAACAUGUGCAAAAGCUUAUCCCGCUUCUUGGAGGGAGCCAUUCGCCUCAUGCUAGCCGAGUUGUGGAUGUUGGAUCCCUCUUCUUCCGCUAUACCCUUGAUGCAGCAACCGAUUAUCUAUUGGGGCAGGGCACAGAUAGCCUGGAAAACCCAGCAACUCGCUUUGCGGAAGCGUUUCGAUAUGUGCAACAACGACAAGCCGAGCUAUUCCGAUUUGGUGUCUUCAGCCCUUUCAUGUCACGCAAGGAGUUCCGAGCGAACCUCAAGGUCAUGGAUCAAUUCAUCCAGCCCUACAUUGAGACAGUUUUAUCUCUGUCCACUGCAGAACUAGACCAGAAGCUUUCAAAGCGUGAAACCUUCCUGGAUGCCCUAGCUCGUUUUACGCGUGAUCCUCAGGUCCUGCGUGACCAGCUCGUGGCCGUGCUACUUGCUGGCCGAGACACCACAGCCGGAACCUUGUCUUUUUGUCUCUUUGAGCUAUCACGACAUCCCGAAGUUGUCGCCAAGCUGCGUGAGGAGAUUCGUGAUCGCCUGGGCGUUGGCGCCGAUGGCCAGAAGCCCAGCUAUGCCGAUCUCAAGGAGAUGAAGUAUCUCAGCGCCGUCCUCAAUGAAACCAUGCGCCUGUACCCUGUGGUUCCAUUCAAUGUUCGCUACUCGCUACGCGACACUACCCUCCCCCGCGGUGGUGGACCAGACGGUCUCGCCCCCGUGGGUGUGCGCGCUAACACUCGGGUCAUCUACUCUACUAUGCUGAUGCAGCGGGAUCCUGAUCUAUAUGAUGGCCCUGAGAGCAAGAACUACUUCGAUCCUGGCCUUUGGAUUCCCGAGCGCUGGGUUGAGGGGUGGCAGCCGCGUCCAUGGCACUUCAUUCCAUUCAAUGGAGGUCCUCGUAUCUGUAUUGGUCAGCAAUUCGCUACUAUUGAGAUGGGGUACACAGUCAUCCGUAUUCUACAGGCUUAUGAGCGUAUUGUCGCUCUUCCGGUCAGUGGAAAGAAUCGCGUCGAGGACCCCGUAUUGAGAUGUGAGGUGACAUUGAGCCCUGGUGCGGAGUUUAAUUGUGUAUUCGUCAAGGAGGGUGAGGACUAUGCACGCUCCAGAGAGAGCGCUUCUGCAUAG